AUGGAUGCGCCGCCGCCGCCGUCGCCGGCGGCGCACAACGUCAAGAAGCGCAAGUUGGACCGACUGGACGAGCAAGAACCACCACCGGAGAGCGGCAGGGCCGGCGACGGGGUCGGCCUCGACUUCUUCAACGCCCUCCCCGACGACCUCCUGUGCACCAUCAUCUCUCGCCUCCCCACCAAAGACGGAGUCCGCACGCAGGUCCUCGCCCGCCGGUGGCGGCCCCUCUGGCGCUCGGCGCCCCUCAACCUCAUCGAUCAUGGCCUCUCCGGCCAGGUGGGUAAGCGCGUCGUCUACAUCUCGAAGAUCCUCGCCGAGCACCCCGGCCCGGCCCUCCGCCUCUCGCUCCCCUGCCUCCAUGAACGCUACCACGACAAGAUCGACGCCUGGCUUCGUUCCCAGGCCCUCACCGACCUCCAGGAGCUCAGCUUCGGCUACGACCCACUAGGCUUCCCGCCAUACCGGCUGCCGCCGCCGCCGAUACCACAGUCCGCGCUCCGCUUCGCGCCGACACUCCGCGUUGCCAGAAUCAGCUACUGCUAUUUCCCCAAGCUGCCUGCCGAGUCUCUGAAUUUUCCGCAUCUCAAGCAGCUCACCAUGUACAUGCUCACCAUCUCGGACUUGUCUGCGUCGUCUCUGAAUUUUCCGCACCUUAGGCAGCUCACCACACAUGCAGUCACCAUCUCGGGGGACGCUCUGCACAGCUUGCUCUCUGGCUGCCUUUCACUGGAAAGCCUUUUACUGAAAGAUAAUGUUGGCGUUGGCCGCCUCCGCAUCAACUCCUCGACCCUUCGGAGCAUAGGCUUUUCUGCUCCUCAUACGUCUGUGGCUUCCCCUGUCCAAGAUCUGGUCAUCGUGGACGCCCCUUGCCUUGAGAGGUUUCUACCACUCAGUGGAGGCUAUGGUCCCUCCACAGUCCAGAUCAUCGGAGCACCCAAGCUGCAGAUGAUGGUUUUGCUGUCAAAUGGCACAUCCAAACUCCAUAUUGGAACCACAGGUUUUCAGGAAUUGCCGGCCAUCAGUGUGACAACCAUCAUGCACACUAUCAAGUUUUUGGUUAUCGACACCGUUGGCCCUGAUCUUGAUGCAGUAAUUGGCUUCCUCAAAUGCUUCCCCUGCUUAGAGAGGCUGUAUAUCAUUUCGCACCUACGGAAAGGAAUGAAAAAUGUGCGAAAAUAUGACCCGCUGGAUCCAAUCGAAUGCCUCACGCUCCAUCUCAAAAGCGUGGUCUUGCAGAACUACUGGGGUAACAAGCCAGAUGUGGACUUUGCCAAAUUUUUCAUCUUGAAUGCAAUGGUGCUAGAGCAAAUGAUAUUUAUAGCCCUCAACUGCUGCAAUGAAAAAUGGAUGUCUGAUCAACACAGACGGCUACGAUUGGACCACAGAGCUUCUCUACAUGCUCGAUUUGAAGUCAAAAGCUAUUUGAAUCGGCACUGGAUUGACUUCGCAGAUAACAAGCAUACCCAUGAUUUAUCUGUGGCGAAUCCCUUUGCUGAUAGGUUCGAGAAUCGCAUCCUGGCCUUUGGCCUGACUUCUUUUGUAGUUUGA